AUGACUUCCAACUUUCCAGAGACCAAUCCAUUUCGUACCAACGACGUCAAAUCGUCAGACGUUGAUAUGCGACCAUCCACCCCCUCGUCAAGGAGCUCAGCCUCCGAGCAUCCUCAAAGCAUUGGCCUCGAGGCGUCGUCGCGUUUAUACCACAUCUACCAUAGCGCCAUUCGGUAUGAUUACCGCGUGAUGGACGCUCAUAAAAGCCAGCUCUAUUUCGUUUACAAUUCUCACCUAACACCAAAAAAGGCGGAUAUCACGUUCCAUGCUGGUGAGGACAGCAAAGCGCCCGUAGCAGGCGUCUGCAAGUUCAUCAAAUUUACACGGCAAUUCAAAGUCGGCUUAGGAGACCCGGACCGUGCGGGAGACAUGGUCUGGGAAGAUCUUCAAGGCCAAAACUUCACCAAGUCCAAGUACCGUUGGCCAAUGUCUGUUCCUUCGCCCAACGGUGGGCUUGAACGGCGAUGGUUCCUCUGGACGAGAACUCAUUCUCAGGUCGUGGAGGGCGAGUCAUCGUCGCUCUUUAGCUUUCGCAACUUCAAGCUUGUUGACGAGCUGACCGGGCAGAUUGUGGCCAUCUUUACGAGCAAUACCUUCAAGAGCAUUCGGAAAAAUGGCAAACUCCAGGUGGUUGGUGAAUACGGGCCUGACUUCGACCUCAUGGUUCUCAUCACCAUUCUCGCUAUCUAUGAAAAGACCCGACGCAGAAGGGCGGCCAAGGGAGGUGGUGGUGGCGGCGGAGGCGGCGACGGCGGCUAA